AGAAUGCAGAGGAAGUGUUUGUUAGUAAAGUUAGGGAGCGUGUGUAAGUGGAGGUCCAAGCAACGCGAAGCGGGAGGUGCGGGGAGCGCACCUCCUGCAGGCCAGCGGGGGCUGGCGGCCUGAAGCGCAACUGGCGGCCAAACGGAGGAGCAGAGAGGCACCCACUACUCUCUGUGUAAACACGAGGAAAUCUGCGGAUGCUGGAAAUUCAAGCAACACAUACAAAAUGCUGGUGGAACGCAGCAGACCUGGCAGCAUCUAUAGGAAGAAGUACAGUCAACGUUUCGGGCCAAGACCCUUCGUCAGGACUAACUGAAAGAAGAGAUAAUGCUACCUGACCAGCUGAGUAUUCACGGCUUCUUGGUUGUCUGUCUCUCGAACUGCCCUCUGUUCACUGAUAGCAGACCGGGGUCAGUGGCCCUGCAGCUGGCCGGAUCUGCAUCACUUCAGAAACAACAUCUCCGUUCCUGACACCGCACAGUCGAUCUCCAUCAAAGUCAAAUUUGAAGACAAAUUGUGAAGGAUCAGAGGGAUCUUGGGGUCUGUGUCCAUCGAACACACAAAGCUGCUGCACAGGUUGACAGUUUCGUUAAGAAGACGUUUGGUGUGAUGGCCUUCAUCAACUGUGGGACUGAGUACAAGAGCCGUGAGGACCCCUGGACCAAGGAGUUCGAAAGCUGGCUUUGUCAGCCACUGACCAACUCUGGAACACUCUGGUUUAGAGAGUCACAUUGCAAUGUCAUCUCCACCAUGUCCUCAGCUGUCCAGGACUCCCGACGGCGAUCGGGACCCCUCUCCCCCUGCAGUGGGGCAAGAGGCGGGGGAGCCCCGUCCAUCUUGUUUCAUCACAUCCCCGAGGUCGCCAGCAACAGCAGCAGCCAAAAUCACAGCAGAGGAGGAGCUUUCUACUCCUAGGACGUCUACACAGGAGGAGGGGCUGGUGUGGACCCCCAGGCAGGAGGAGGAGGGGGACGAGCUCUAUUCCACCCAUCCUGACCCUGAAACUGACCCCGAUGCCGACCCUGAAACUGAUCCCGAUGCUGACCCUGACCCUGACCCCUUCGAGGAGGCAGGAUGGGGUGGCGACUCUUCCCCCAGACUUCCUGAGCCCCCUGAUUCAGAGGGACUGCGGGAGGGGUUCUCUCCACCCCUGCUGGGACAGAAUGGGGCAGCGACGGAACCCCUCCCACAUGCCGGUGUGGAAGAAGAGGAGGAGGGGGUGAAGCGCCAGCGCCGGCCCAACCGCUUCCCGUGCCCAGAGUGCGGCAAGGGUUUUGCCUGCCCCUCCCACCUGGAGCGGCACCUCCGUACUCACACUGGCGAGCGCCCUUUUGAGUGCUCCGUCUGCGGAAAGACGUUCGCCACCCUCAGCCACCUGGCCCUGCACCGGCCCCGACACGGGGCCCCCCGUCCCUUUGAGUGCGCCAUCUGCGGCCGCUGUUACCCCACCUACUCGGAGCUCUCCUCCCACCAGCGUUUCCACAGUGGGCGCCGUCCCUAUCCCUGCCAGCUGUGCCCCAAGCGCUUUUACACUUCCAGCGAACUGCGAGCUCACCAGCUGGCCCACACCGGUGAGCGACCCCACCCCUGUUCUGCCUGCGGCAAGCGCUUCGGCCGGCUGGGGCACCUGCUGGAGCACCAGCGCACCCACACCGGUGAGCGGCCCUUCGAGUGUCCGCUCUGUGGCAAGCGUUUCCACUCCAGCAGUAACCUGACUCGGCACCGCCGCUUCCACAGCGGUGAGCGCCCCUUUGCCUGCGGCGAGUGCGCCAAGCGCUUCUUCACCUCUGGGGACCUUCGACGGCACCAACAGACUCAUGGCGGUGAGCGUCCUUUCUGCUGUGGCGAGUGCCCCCGCCGCUUUUACCGUUCCGGUGACCUGGUCAAGCACCAGCGCACCCACGGCGCCGAGCGGCCCCAUGGCUGCCCGUCCUGCGGCAAGCGUUUCUGCACUGGCAGCGAGCUGAAGAUCCACGCCCGCUUCCACAGCGGCGAGCGCCCCUUCCCCUGCUCCCAGUGUCCCAAGCGCUUCUACACAGCCAGCGAGCUUCGGGUGCACGGGCGCACUCACACUGGUGAGCGUCCCUACUGCUGUCCACUCUGCGGCAAGUCUUUCUACCGCUCUGGUGACCUCAGCAAGCACCGUCGCACCCACACUGGCAUCAAACCCUUCGCCUGCAACCACUGCCCCAAGCGCUAUUACACCUCCAGUGAGCUGGGUGUGCACUGCCGUACCCAUACCGGCGAAAAACCCUUCCGCUGUCAGCUCUGUGCCAAGGGUUUCUACACAGCCAGUGUGCUGGCCAAGCACAGGCUGACCCACGCUGCCUCGCCCAGCGGCCUCUUCCAGUGCCGCCUCUGCCCCCAGCGCUGCCCCAGCGCCGCCCGCCUACGUCUGCAUGAGCGCCAGCACUCUGGCGAGCCCGCUUUCCAGUGCGGCGUGUGCCAGCGCCGCUUCUACACCGCAGGCGGCCUCAGCAAACACCAGAACGUGCACGAUCCAGAGGCGGUGGCGGCUGCGGCUGCUCAACAGCGACUGGCCGACGCCCGCACCCAGCAGUUGGCCGAAGCGGCUGAGCGGCAACUGGAGGAGGUGCGUGCUCAGCAGCACGUAUCUGAGGUCAUAGCCACCAUGCCUGACCCCACCCUCAGCGCCCGUCCUCCACCCGCCCUCUUCGAGUGCGGCAUGUGCAAGCGAGGCUUCAGUUCCUGGGCCGAGCUGCUGGCCCAUCAGCCGCAGCAUGAGGGCGAGCGGGCGGUGCAGUGCGCCACCUGCCGCCAGCUCUUUGUAGCACCGGCAGGCAGCGAGGAGGGGGGGGGCUCAGCAGGCCUGGGGACGGGAGGGGGUGGGAGCGAGCCCGAGGACACACACUGUCCCCUGUGCCGGGGACACUUGGCUAGUUUCGACAUCGGCGGCUUCGGCCUGGGCGUCUCCAACUUCGAGCUUUGCCUGCAGGGGGCCUUCCCUGGCGGCCCCACCCCCGGAUGGGACGGCACCCCUGUGGGGGACCUGUGUGGGCAGGGUGCUCUCGCCCACCCCUCUGCCUGGCAGGGGGGCACUGGAGGGCAGUAGCUGGGUAAUGGCGAAGGGGAUGGCGGGGAGUGGAGCGGCCUAGGGUUGGGAGAACUCGCUGUGUUUUCACCCCUUCUUUCCUCCUUAACCAAUCCUUACAGCAACUGGGGAGCAGAGAAAGGACGUUCAGUGAGGAUAGUGAGUGUGAGAGGGAGGAGUGCAGUGAGUGUGUCAAAGUCCGAAUGAAUGUCACCGUGAGAGUCGGUCAGAGAGAGAAUGCCUGAAUGUGUCGGUGAGAACAAGUGUCUGAAAGAGUGAUUGAGUCAGUGCGCGUGAAUGGAAAGCAGGGAGAGG